AUGCAAAAGCGGAAGGUGGUGCAGUACUUGAGCAAGUACAUCAAGGGCUUGAAUGCAGAUCAAGUUUCCUCCCGCCUCUUUUCCGGUGAAGUGGAACUGCGGGAUGCGGAAUUCGAAGUGGAUCCCUUGCGGAAGUUGCUGCUAGGGACGUUGCCGUUCACUUGGGAGGUCCUGGCGAUUUCCUGCGAUCGGCUGCAGGUCCAGGUACCUUGGAGCGCCCUGCGGAGCCGUGCGGUGCAGGUGAAGGUGGGGAAGCUGCGAGUGCAGGUUGCGGACAAUCGUUUUCGCCGAUGGAAACGUGGCAUGGAGGCUGCUGAAGUCGAAUUGAGCGCCAAUGGAAAAAGUGAAAGGUGGCGGUCCACAGCUGCACCGACCCAGCUUGGGCGGAGUCUCUGGCGACCAGCACGGCCAUUGCCAAUACGCAAAAACCACAGGAGAAACGAGAAGAUGAAGAGCAGAAGAGUUUCAGGCUCUCAGACGUGA